CGCGCCAGGUUGGACGGGACUGCGUCCAGGUGCAGGCAUUUGGCUCCAGCUCCCCUUUUCUGCUAUGCCUCAGGGAUCAGUGACAUUCAGAGAUGUGGCCAUAGACUUCUCCCAGGAGGAGUGGAAAUGGCUCCAGCCUGCUCAGAGAGAUUUGUAUAGAUGUGUUAUGUUGGAGAACUAUGGCCAUCUGUUCUCACUGGGUCUUUCCAUUUUUAAGCCAGAUGUGGUUUCCUUAUUGGAACAAGGGAAAGAGCCCUGGCUGGGGGAAGGAGACAUGAGCAGAGAUCUCUUUUCAGUGUCACAGUCAAAUGGUGAGAUCAAAGACUUUUCUCCAAAAAAUAUCACUUACGAAGAUGAUUCAUCCCAGUAUUUAAUAAUGAAAAGAAUUGUAAGCCAACAUCCCACAUGUUCCACUUUGAAAAGAAACUGGCAAUUUGAGGGUGGCAAUGAGGUGCUGCAAAGGAAUCAAGGUCAUAUCAGGCAAGUGGUAUCAGGCAAGUCUCACCAAGAAGCUCUGACGCAGCACAUGCGCAUAACUGUGGUAGAGAGGCCCUACAGAUGCCAAGAAUGUGGAAAAACAUUCAAUCGGCGCUUUUCUCUUGUAUUACACCAGAGAACUCAUACUGGAGAGAAGCCCUAUGUUUGUAAGGAAUGCGGUAAAACUUUUAGCCAGAUCUCAAAUCUUGUGAAACAUCAGAUGAUACAUACUGGAAAGAAACCUCAUGAGUGUAAGGACUGUAAUAAAACAUUCAGUUACCUUUCAUUCCUCGUUGAACACCAGAGAACACAUACUGGGGAAAAACCUUAUGGAUGUACUGAGUGUGGAAAGGCUUUUAGUCGUGCCUCAAACCUCACCCGACAUCAGAGAAUUCAUAUGGGAAAGAAACAGUAUGUCUGUAGGAAAUGUGGGAAAGCCUUUAGCAGUGAUUCAUAACACAUUUGCCACCAGAUUAUACAUACUGGGGAGAAACCUUAUGAAUGCCUUGACUGUGGAAAGCAUUUGUCAUUCCUCACAUCUUGACAUCAGCACAUCCAUACGACUAAAACCCCCUAUGAGUGUCCUGUGUGUAUGAAAGCUUUCUGUUGCCACUCAUUCUUUAUUAAACAUCAGAGAAUUCAUGCCAAAGGAAAGCUCUCUGAAUGUGAUGAAUGUGGGAAAGUGUUCACUUGGCAUGCAUCUCUUAUUCAACAUGCGAAAAUUCAUACUGGAGAAAAACCCUGUGCAUGUGGUUAAUGUGACAAAGCCCUCAGUAGGAGCUUUUCCCUCAUCUUACAUAAGAUAACUCACACUGGAGAGAAGCCCAGUGUAUGUAAUGUGUGCAACAAAUCUUUCAGCUGGAGCUCAAACCUUGCUAAACAUCAGAGAACGCAUAACCUAGAGAACCCCUAUGAAUAUGAAAAUUCAUUUAGUUACCUUUUUCUUUUUUUAAUACUGGGGAUCAAACUCAGUACCUUGUGCUUUCGAGGCAGGUGUUGGAACCACUGAACUAAAUCCCCAGCCCACCACUCAUUUCUUGUUGAACACGAGUGAAUCAUACUCUGAAAACCUAAGAAUAUUUAGUUAAAAACAAACAGAAAAAUAAUGCCUUUCCCUUUAGAGAGCUCUUGGAAAGAAGUUUUAUAUGAAUGUGUUGAAUUCAAAGAAAUGUGGCCUUUAUGUUACUCAUCUUGAGGACACCCCCAGGAAUAUGUGGGACAGCUAUUAGUAGCAGUUCAUUCUUUUUGCAACAUCAGAAGACAAAAUCAAUAUUGAGAUGAUUUCAUUUGGUAAUAUCCAUUAUUCUGUAUUUGUAAAUAUCUUCCAAGAAAGAGUACAUAUCAGAUAGAUGUGAGGAAGCUUUUAGAGAUCAGCCUUCACCCUACAUAUCUGUCAGCUCUACCAGUAUAUGAUAAGGAAAAACAUUACAAAAGGGUACUUUGGACAUCAGAUAAUUCAUAAAGUGAUUUGGGAAGGACGAUAUGAAAUAAUUAAAAUUUUAAAUACUCUUGAAAGAGGAAGCAACUCUAGGUGAACGUAGGCUGACUUUAUGCAGUAUAUCAAACAUGGGAAAACUACUGGGAUAAAAACUAUUACUGUGUGAUGAGUAACAAUAAUUUUAGAUUGCUGGACAGAAACACUGUAAGAAAAGGUCUUUUUUGUAUUUGGAGAAGAUGGGAAUUUUAAACUGAAUUCACAAAAGGAAGUUAUGAAUCUUUUGGGUUGUAAUAACCUUCCAUUUGCUGAUUUCCUCCACAGCAGGUGUGAUUGUGAAAGUGUAACUACCACAGUUUUGACACGAACAAUGAAAACUACUGUACUAUUUUUGUACAAAUAUACCAUUACGGAAACACUUUUAGAUAUCAUGUGGUUUUACCUUUAAGACAAGAGGAUCUAGAUUUAAAAUUAUGCUAAGUGACAUCUAUAUUUGAACCUGACCAUAGACUGUCUGAAAUAAGUUUAAGCUAUGCACAGGAAAAUCCCCAAGCAGUUUUUAUCAUUGUUCCCUUUAAAGUGAGAAGAGUUGUUGAAAGCGCAUAUUUAAACCUGUUCUGGCAUUAUCAGCUGCCCAGCUGGCAGAGCUCACACCAUCAGAUUGUUUACUUUGAUUGAGAAAGUAAGCAAUUUUAUACAAUUAUAGGAUGAAUGGAGGUAACUGUUAAGCAUUGAUAUUAUAGUGACUGUAUCAAGGACAUGUCUGUCAAAGCUUUUAUUAGGUAAAUAUCUCAUUUCAUUGGAGGAGGUGGAGUUGACUUUUUGUCCCAGUCAUGUAGUAGAUUUACAUGCAUUACCAGAAGCAUUGUAUUUCCCCAGACCUGCAUUCGGUAUGGCAUUUUUGUGUACACAUUUGUGAAGCUUCCUAAAACACUGAAAGCUUCCUAAAACACUGUUUAGGAGAAGCUGUUUAAUCUUAAAACCAUAUAAUGUCUCAAACACUCAUGAAAGACAUGCCUUGAAGGAUUUGGGUAUCCAGUAUCUGAUUCACUUUUCUCAGGUAGUGGUUGUAAAUCAGUAUACCCAGGGCUGGGGAUUUGGCUCAGUGGUUCUGCUGCCUACCUUGCAAGCACAAGGGCCUGAGUUUGAUCCCUGGUACCAAAAUAAAAAAAUCAGGUUACCCUGAGCUAUCAAAAAUAUUGGAGAAGUGAAACAUUUUUCAAAUUGAUAUUAUUUAGGAUAUACCGGGUAGCUUCCAUUUUCUGAUCCAGAUCUAAGCCCCACCCUCCUAUCCCUCAAUGGGAUCUGUCCUCCCUCAUUCAUAGGGAACAAAUUUCAAAGCCCUGAGUGGGUAUCUGAACACUUUAACAUUUAUUCAGGCAUACAGGAAUAUCAGAAUGGAUUUUCUUCCUUCUCAGAAUGGAUUUUUGAUGGUACUGGGGAUUGAACCCAGAGCCUUUACACUUAGGUAUAUUCUCAGCCUUUUAAAAUUUUAGAUCUUGAGACAGGGUCUAAGAUACCCAGAAUGGGUUCAGAGUUGAUAUUCUCCAGCCUCAGCCUCCUAGAGUGCUGAAACUACAGGUAUAUACCGUCAUUCCUAAAAAUGGAUCUUUUAAAUGAGCAGCUAUAGUCAACCUUGGAGAAGUAAUAAAACACUCCCUUCAAGGAAGUAAGAAAUCACUCUAGUGAUGCAUGUACCAUCAUCCUUAACUCUGAGUGCCUGUCUCUCUAGGCUGUAAAUGAUAUUGGGAGCUUCUAGGAAGGAAAUAAGAUCCCAGUUUUAGUAAUGACAAUGGCAUGAAAUCUUGGCAUGGUAGAGGCUAGGCACAAUGAGAACAAGUUUUAAUCACAUAUUUCUGUGGCAACAGAUAAAUAAUCAUGUUAUUCCUAAAAUAAAAUAUAUGGGUGGUAUCCAAAGUGCUAUUUCAUAUAUUUAGGUAGGGACACUACACCUGGCCAGAAACCAAACUGAAAUCACCAUAAGUAAUGUUUGCAUCAUUGGCUCAAUUCCCAGAGUGAAGCCAGCUCACAACCCUGAAGUUCCUCAACUGAGAGAGAGCCUUAGGUCUCAUUGAACAUGUAGAGGCACCUUGGUUCAUGAACUUAAUUUGUUCUAUGAUUCUGGGGAAGAUGGCCAGAGUUGUGUUAACCACUGAAUGUGGAGUUUGAACAGCAGCAAAAUUUUGCUGAACACUUGUGAACUGAAUUGUUCAGUGAACAGAAAUGUUCCUGAACUGAGAUGUAGUACUAUGUAGUUGAAUGGUAGAACAGUCUUAGAGUUCAAAUCUCAGUACUGCAAAAAUUAAAAAAGAAACACCCAGCUAUUUCCCUUCUGGUAGUAGGUAUCUU